AUGGCUGAUGAACUUAACAUGGGUGGCCUGAGUCUUGCUGAUGGACAUCAAGGUGGUGCUGGACCGCGCUCUUAUAUCCCGCCUCACAUGCGCAACCGCCAGUCUGGUCCCCCAAUCAACGCUCCCGCCCCUAACGGAGCGGCUCCCAAUGGCCCCCCCAAUGGCCCCCCCAAUGGUGCCACUAAUGGGCUGAAUAACGGUUCUUGGGCUGGUAACAACAACUACGGCGCACGCCAGAGCUGGAACAAUGGCCCUGACGGAGGCGCUUCCCAAUUUCCGAACAACCGUCGCGGCGGUGGCUGGAACAGCCGUGGAGGCGGCGGCCCUUCUGGAGGUGGUCACGAUGGUGGCCAUUCUUACACUUCUCGAGGCUCCGGUGAUGGGCAGUGGCGUGACGGCAAACACAUUCCUGGUCCUGCUAACCCCCGGAUCGAACGAGAGCUUUUCGGCACAAUUGACGACCCUUCUAAGCAACACACCGGCAUCAACUUUGAGAAAUACGACGAUAUUCCUGUAGAGGCGUCAGGACAAGACGUCCCCGAGCCUGUCACACAAUUCUCCAGUCCUCCUCUGGACGAGCAUCUCUGCCGCAACAUUGAGCUCGCUCACUACAAGGUUCCCACUCCGGUCCAGAAAUACUCCAUUCCCAUCGUCUCCAGCGGCCGUGAUCUCAUGGCUUGUGCCCAGACCGGCUCCGGAAAGACUGGUGGCUUCCUUUUCCCAAUUCUCUCGCAGGCCUUCAUCAAUGGCCCCUCCCCCGUCCCAGCCAACGCUGCUGGUCAGUUUGGGCGUCAGCGCAAAGCCUACCCCACAUCCCUGAUUCUCGCACCCACUCGGGAGCUUGUGUCUCAGAUUUACGAGGAAUCUCGCAAGUUUGCCUACCGCUCUUGGGUUCGCCCCUGCGUCGUCUACGGUGGUGCCGACAUUAGCUCCCAGCUCCGUCAGAUUGAGCGUGGCUGCGACUUGCUCGUAGCCACCCCCGGUCGUCUGGUCGAUCUGCUCGAGCGCGGCCGCAUCUCCCUCUGCAACAUUAAGUAUCUUGUUCUGGACGAGGCUGAUCGCAUGCUCGACAUGGGUUUCGAACCCCAAAUUCGCCGAAUCGUCGAGGGUGAGGAUAUGCCCAUGGUUGCGAACCGUCAAACCCUCAUGUUCUCGGCCACUUUUCCCCGCGACAUUCAGAUGCUGGCCAGGGACUUCCUCAAGGACUACGUCUUCUUGUCCGUCGGUCGGGUCGGCUCUACUUCGGAGAAUAUUACGCAAAAGGUUGAGUUUGUCGAGGAUGUCGACAAGCGAUCUGUUCUUCUCGAUAUCCUCCACACACACGCUGGCGGUCUGACCCUCAUUUUUGUCGAGACCAAGCGUAUGGCUGACUCUCUCUCCGACUUCUUGAUCAACCAAAACUUCCCUGCGACUUCGAUUCAUGGCGACCGUACCCAGCGUGAGCGUGAGCGGGCGCUCGAGUACUUCCGCAACGGUCGCUGCCCCAUCCUGGUUGCCACCGCGGUUGCCGCUCGUGGUCUCGAUAUUCCCAACGUGACCCAUGUCAUCAACUAUGACUUGCCCACCGACGUUGACGAUUACGUUCACCGUAUCGGUCGUACCGGUCGUGCCGGAAACACUGGUAUUGCCACUGCUUUCUUCAACCGGGGCAACCGCGGGAUCGUUCGUGAGCUCAUGGAGCUUCUCAAGGAAGCCAACCAGGAGAUCCCGCCUUUCUUGGAGGCCAUUGCCCGCGAGUCUUCCUUUGGUGGCGGUGGCCGCGGCGGUCGAUCCCGCGGCGGAGGCAGUGGUCGUGGCUCCGCGACUCGCGAUUUCCGCAAAUUUGGCGGCGGCGGCGGCGGUGGUGGUGGUGGCGGCUUCGGCGGCGGCAACAACAGCAACUUCGGCGGUCCUCAGCAGAACUCUGGCUACGGAGGAGGAUUCGGUGGUCCUCAGGCUGGCGGCUACGGCGGCGGCUACGGCGGCAACAGUGGCGGCGGCGGCUACGGAAAUCCCGGCGGCCCUGGCGCCCAGUCCUGGUGGUAA